AGUGUACAGCAUGCGUCACGCUCACACGUCGCGAGUACGAUUUUUGUGUGGACGGUGUGUGGCCUGCUGUGGGAAAACCUGAAGAAAAUUGCAUUUUUUGCAUAAUGCGCGACGUGAAAAGCUAACAAAAGUUGUGGAAAAUCAAAAUUCAAUAGUCUGGCCACGGUUUGUGCAUAAGAUCGGGCUGCGCGAACGUGUUUGGUGCACAAAAACCACGUCUCGAAAAUAUCAGAUCAGAAUUAUACGUGCACACAUAUUGCUGCCAUAUUAAACGCAUACAAAAGCGUUUUAUUGCUGUAUAGAGCACAGCGGAGCGGAGCACCAGGCCAGAGCAGCAAUUUUCACACACUGGCGGACCCACACACAAACACUCACGAGCGAGAUAUGCAAGAAUAAAGAAGAAUUUUUCUUAGUUGUAUUACAAGAGCAUUAGAUACACAUAUGUAUAUAAGUGUAUAUAUACAUGCAUAUGUGUGUACAUAGGAGUGUACAUAUAAACUAAACGAAAGCUGUGCCUACAUUUGUGUUCUUUUCCAAUACUAAACUUACAACAACAACAACAAAAACAACCACAAUAAUAAUAAUAUAAAUUAACUAAUGUUAAUGCAAGCAAAAAGAGCCAACAGAUCUUCAAAGCCAGUCUGUGCUCAUUCCAAUACAUAUACAUAAAUAUAUAUAUAUAAAUAAUUAUAUAUAUAUAGGUUAUAUAUAACUACGCCUACGCCACGCCCACGCGCAACUACAACAACAACAACAUGGAGAAUCAACCAAACGAAUAAAACUUUAAACUACUUUAAAGUGUGAUAAGCAAAAGGCUGAAAUCUAAAACAAAAACAAAACAAAAAACUAUGAAUAAUUAGUAGAAACCAAAAGCAACAAGCAACAUCAACAACAAUCAAUUACAUAUACACCAAAACACAAGACAUCCAAACAAACACGAGCCAACAACAACCUUUUUAUACAUUAAUUAAACUAUUUUUCCUAAAUAAACUUAACUUAGUGCAAGAAAAUGUUUCCAGUCGGUCAACAGUCACAGUGGACGCCCUCGCCCACGCGGGCUCAGAGUCCCUCUCAGGCGCAGACUAGCUUCGAAACGCUCACAUCACCACCAGCGCCUGGUUCAUCGGUCAAUCCCACCGCUGUGACCAGCCCAAGUGCCCAAAAUGUGGCAGCUGGGGGUGCCACUGUUGGAGCGACGGCCUCUUCAGCCGCCGCUCAGGUCGCGUCCACCCUGGGCACCACAACCGGUACUGUGACGGCUGCAAUUGCCACCGCUACUCCGACCACCAAUCCGGAUAUGCCCGUCUUCACAUGCCCGCGUCGCCCGAAUCUGGGCCGCGAGGGCAGGCCGAUCGUACUUCGAGCCAAUCACUUCCAGGUGACGAUGCCCCGCGGCUAUGUCCAUCAUUACGACAUCAACAUACAGCCGGACAAGUGUCCGCGCAAGGUGAAUCGCGAGAUUAUCGAGACCAUGGUGCAGGCCUACAGCAAGAUCUUUGGCGUUCUGAAACCGGUGUUCGACGGACGCAACAAUCUGUACACCCGCGAUCCCCUGCCCAUUGGCAACGAGCGCCUGGAGCUGGAGGUGACACUGCCCGGUGAGGGCAAGGACCGCAUCUUUCGCGUGACCAUCAAGUGGCAGGCGCAAGUCUCGCUAUUCAACCUGGAGGAGGCUCUAGAGGGUCGAACGCGUCAAAUUCCCUACGACGCCAUCCUGGCCCUGGACGUGGUCAUGCGGCAUUUGCCGAGCAUGACCUAUACGCCCGUCGGGCGCAGCUUCUUCAGCUCUCCGGAUGGCUACUAUCAUCCUCUGGGUGGCGGACGUGAGGUCUGGUUCGGUUUCCAUCAGAGCGUGAGGCCGUCGCAGUGGAAGAUGAUGCUGAACAUUGAUGUUUCGGCCACCGCAUUCUACAAAGCUCAACCCGUUAUUGACUUUAUGUGCGAGGUGCUGGACAUACGCGACAUCAUGGAGCAGCGCAAACCGCUCACCGACUCCCAGCGAGUCAAGUUCACCAAGGAGAUCAAGGGACUCAAGAUUGAGAUCACGCACUGUGGCCAGAUGCGGCGCAAGUAUCGUGUCUGCAAUGUAACCCGCCGACCGGCUCAAAUGCAAUCAUUCCCACUGCAGUUGGAGAAUGGUCAGACCGUGGAGUGUACUGUGGCCAAGUAUUUCUUGGACAAGUAUCGAAUGAAGCUGCGCUACCCGCAUCUGCCCUGCCUGCAGGUGGGACAGGAGCACAAGCACACCUAUCUACCGCUCGAGGUGUGCAACAUUGUGGCUGGCCAGCGGUGCAUCAAGAAGCUCACCGACAUGCAGACCUCGACGAUGAUCAAGGCCACCGCACGCUCGGCACCGGAUCGCGAGCGUGAGAUCAACAACCUGGUGAAGCGGGCGGACUUCAACAAUGACUCGUAUGUGCAGGAGUUCGGCCUGGCCAUCUCCAAUUCGAUGAUGGAGGUGAGGGGACGGGUGCUGCCCCCGCCCAAGCUUCAGUAUGGGGGACGUGUGUCCACAGGCAUCACCGGGCAGCAGCUGUUUCCGCCCCAGAAUAAGGUGAGCCUGGCCUCGCCCAAUCAGGGCGUCUGGGACAUGCGCGGCAAGCAGUUCUUCACGGGCGUCGAGAUCAGAAUCUGGGCCAUUGCCUGCUUCGCUCCGCAGCGAACGGUGCGCGAGGAUGCCCUGAGGAACUUCACCCAGCAGCUGCAGAAGAUCUCAAAUGAUGCCGGUAUGCCGAUCAUAGGGCAGCCCUGCUUCUGCAAAUAUGCCACGGGGCCGGAUCAGGUGGAGCCGAUGUUCCGCUACCUGAAAAUCACCUUCCCGGGCCUGCAGCUCGUCGUGGUUGUGCUGCCCGGCAAGACGCCCGUCUAUGCAGAGGUCAAGCGCGUGGGCGACACCGUCUUGGGCAUGGCCACCCAGUGUGUACAGGCGAAGAACGUGAACAAGACAUCGCCACAGACGCUGUCCAAUCUGUGUCUGAAGAUCAACGUCAAGCUGGGCGGCAUCAAUUCGAUUCUGGUGCCCUCCAUCCGGCCCAAGGUCUUCAACGAGCCCGUUAUCUUUCUGGGAGCUGACGUCACCCACCCACCAGCAGGCGAUAACAAGAAGCCCUCGAUUGCGGCUGUUGUUGGUUCAAUGGACGCCCAUCCGUCGCGAUAUGCGGCCACCGUGCGCGUACAGCAACACCGCCAGGAGAUCAUCCAGGAGCUGAGCAGCAUGGUGCGCGAGCUGCUGAUUAUGUUCUACAAGUCGACGGGUGGCUACAAGCCCCACCGAAUCAUCCUGUACCGUGACGGCGUCUCCGAGGGACAGUUCCCGCAUGUGCUGCAGCACGAGCUGACCGCCAUCCGAGAGGCGUGCAUCAAGCUGGAGCCCGAGUACCGGCCGGGCAUCACAUUCAUCGUUGUCCAGAAGCGCCAUCACACGCGACUCUUCUGCGCCGAGAAGAAGGAGCAGAGCGGCAAGUCCGGCAACAUACCGGCCGGCACCACCGUCGAUGUGGGCAUCACGCAUCCAACCGAGUUUGAUUUCUAUCUGUGCAGCCAUCAGGGCAUCCAGGGCACCAGUCGACCCUCGCACUACCAUGUGCUCUGGGAUGACAACCACUUUGACUCCGACGAGCUGCAGUGCCUCACGUACCAGCUGUGCCACACCUAUGUGCGGUGCACACGGUCCGUCAGCAUACCAGCUCCAGCCUACUAUGCACACUUGGUGGCAUUCCGUGCCAGGUAUCAUCUGGUGGAGAAGGAGCACGACUCGGGCGAGGGUUCACACCAGAGCGGCUGCUCAGAGGAUCGGACACCAGGAGCCAUGGCCAGAGCCAUCACGGUCCAUGCGGACACCAAGAAGGUCAUGUACUUUGCCUAAAAAGUAGCCAAUACCAACACCAAAAACCAUAACAGAAAAAUUACCCCAAAAAAACCCCAAACAAAAAAAUCAAAAAUCAAUUUCGAAAUUCAAUUCGAAUAAGCCAAGAGAUAUAGUGAGAGAGAACCUCCCCACCAUCCCAAUAAUCCUACUCCCAAGCCCCUACUCACAACAGAAAAGCCAAGCAAAGAGAGUUCGAGAGAGGGAGAGCGUGCAAGCGAGAGAGUUAUGGUUAAGUUCAAAGUUUAAAGUUUAAGUUGCUAAAGUGAGAGAGGGAGAGAGUAUUUAAGGAAUAUCUUGCAUGCAUUAGUUUUAGACCAAAACAACACAAACAAAAAUCCCACAGCAAACACUCACACACACACACACACACCAGCGACACGACACGACACCGUGAAGAAUUGAUUAUAGGAAUAGGGGAUAGGGUACCGGGAAGGGAAUCGAAUGUUUAAUGCACAACAAAAUGUGAAAAUUCUCAACAAAAGCGUAGCAAACAAAUAACAACAGCAACAAAAAAAAUGGUAAAACAAUUCAACAAAAGAAAACUAAACUUAAAGGGAACAAAACUACGAACGCAACACCAAAAGCCAAGCAGCAGCAUUAUUAUCUAUCAUCAAACUUACUACGAGAACAACAAAAACACCACGAGAGAUAGACAGAAUUUUUGUAAAUGUGGGGGGAGGGCGAACGAAUCCAAUUAUAAAUACAAUAAAUUGUACAAUAUAUUUUUACAACUAACAAAUCGAAGACAUGUGGGAAUGAAUCGUAGGAAUGAAUGAAUGGAAUGGAAUGCAUACAACCAAAGGUUUUUAGUAUACAAAAUCGAAAGAAAAGAAAAACAAAGCACACAAAAAACAAUUGAAUAUGUUUGCUGAUCGAAGACUCACACAACAACAACAACAACAACAACAAGAACACAACCACACAGAAAAUAAGAACCACAACCACACGACAACAAAAUGAAAACUCUGAUUCUCUGUACUGUGAACGAAGACCACCACCAAAAUGAAAAUGCAAAUUAAAAUGAAGAUGAAGAUGAAAAUUUAAGGGAAUAAACUAUACACCAAUAACUAUUGUGUGUGGGGGACACUCGACUCGACAAAGGCAUUAAAGCGCUGAAACACAACUUAGCAUAUACGAAACGAAAUAAACGGAUAAAAUACUUCAAUAACUAAAGUGCAGAUUCAACUGAAAACAUUUAAUAGUUUGUAAGAUUGGGCUCUACCAAAAAAUCAUAGAAGUGCAGACGGACAGUAUGACAUAUAUAUACAUAUAUAUUUAGUAGAGAGAGAUAUAUAUAGUGAAAGAGCGGCGGCAUAACGAUAACUCCAAUUUCUACAAGGGACAAAACGUAUGUUAAUAACAAUUGCUAUUAAUAUUUACAUAGAUUUAUGAACAUCCAACAAAUACACACUAAUACUAAUUAGAAUGUUUUUUUUUUUUUUUUAAAGAAUCGGGGCAGUAAUCAAGAAACCAACCAACAGAAACAGUUACGAAUGCGAUACCGGAAAUACUUAAGCAAACACAUACAUACAUACAUACAUCAAUUAUAUAUAUACAUUUAUUAUGUGUAUACAAUGUAUAAUUUUGUUCAAAAGUGCAAAUAAUAUGCUGAUAUUUUGUGUUAGUCUUUAGUUAGUCUUUUUUUAUGCUCAUCGAGACAAGACGCCAAACGCCCGUAAAACACACACACACACACACACCAAGUCCCCCAGGCAUAUCACUCAAGUGUCCACCCCUUUAUUUAUGUACCUUAAACCGUAAGCUUAACUUAACGAUAUUUAAUUGUAUUUAAUAUUUUAAAUUUUUUUAGAGCAAACCCCAUUAUUUGUUAUUUCCUCGCCUUGCUGGGGCGAGAGAGCAUCAAUGUAAUUUCGUAUUAAAAAUUAACUUUUAGCCAAGUGGUGUACGGGUAAUAUAAAACAAGGUAAAAACAACUCCAACUCCCCCUCCCCACCCCGCUGCACUGCACUGCACUGCGUGUGGGGGGUGGUGGGCAACAACAUUUCAAUAUUUUACAAAGUAGUUUUAAUUUUGCCAUUAAUCAAAUACAAAACAAAACAAUACAAAAACAAAAACAAAACAAACGACAAGAGAACAACAAAUGCAAUAUGGAAAGAUGAAUAAUACAUGUUCUAUAUCGAGGACACAGUUCAAGUUAACAUUAUAAUGAUUUGUUAUUAAAAAUGCAAUGCAGGAGGAGAGCCAUCUCUCGCCGUCCCUUCUGCACCAGCACCUUAUUUAUACUUAUACUUAUACUUAUGUAUUGUAUGCUAUGUACGAGUACAACCCACGCAAACAAACCCCCAAACACAAUCAUCAAAUUAGGCUUAGUUUUGCCAGUCGCAUAAAUGAUGUGAGAAUUGUAAAAUUUAAUAUAUAUAUUCUGUGUUUAUAUAUAAAUAUAUACAUUAAUUUGCAUGUAUACAUUUAUAAAACUUACAAAUUAGUCGGUAAUCCUCAGUGAGAGAGAGAGCGAGAGAAAUAACAUUUCUGAUCUGAUCGAAGAGCUGAUUUAUUUGGAAUUCAAUUGUAAUUUAAACGUCGUUUCCAUUCGAUUCGUUCUUUGUAGUCACGUUUCAACACAAGGGAUUAAAAUUUAAAAUUUAUUUCUAAACUUAAUGUUUACUUAAAGAGAAUGUUUAUUGCCCACCCCAUCAUCUCCAAGCGGAAUCCAAUCCUAAUUUUAAGCAAAACGCAAAAACGAAACAAUGCAAAAAGGAAAGGGAUAUCGAGGUUCAUACAUGUACGAUAAUCUUGUCUAGGUUUAAGCAGAAGCUGAAGCACAAAGCAGAAGCUGAGCGCAGAGUGAAAGUGUGUGCCCGACAAUGACAAUGAAUGCAUCUCGUAGCUGUAGAAUGAUCCUAGAAUUCAGCAAUAAUUUACUUUCACCGAGAGACACAAUUGAAUGAUUUGGAAAAGUCCAAAAGCUUUAACUAAUUGCUAGACGGAACAUUUAUGGAGACCAGACCAUCCACAUCCAUGCAAGAAAAAGGCCAAUAACUAUCCAGACAAGGGGCAGGUACUUGCAUCCCCCAUAUACUUGUAUCUACAUAGUUUUAGAUACUAUAUACACAUAUACACACAUGUAUCUUUUACGAGAUUUAAAUGUAGAUACUAGAGUACACCACGAUUUCCUUCUUCAAGCAAUACACACACACACACGUAACAUACACACAUGCAACAAUUUAACGGUUUCUUCAGUGUGGCAGCUAUCGCAGAUAGAAGAAGAGUGGAGAAGAGAGGUCGAAGAAUAAUCAGGAGAAGACUCAGAAGAACAGUGUAGAACGUCCUAUACCUUAAGUUCUACGCAUAAGUCGGGGUCGGGGAUAAAAAAACAUACAGAAAGACAAUUUAAAUUACCACAUAAUCUGUCAAAAUUCAAUUGAGCUUUAUACUAAAA